AGCGCCGCUCGGCCCGGCGGGAUGGCUGCAGCGGCGCUGGGGCUGACGCUGGGCGGCGGAAUCUUGCUGGCGGCCUGGCGCUGGCUGCGCGGCGCGGCUCGGGCAGCCGUCGUGUGUGGGGCCUCCAUGCGGGGCAAGACGGUCAUCAUCACGGGGGCCAACAGCGGUCUGGGCCGGGCAGCGGCGGCCGAGCUGCUGCGGAUGCGGGCCCGCGUCAUCAUGGGCUGCCGCGACCGGGCGCGGGCCGAGCGGGCAGCCCGCGAGAUCCGGGCCGAGGUGGGAGAGCGGGCGGAGGAUGAGGGCGGCGGCGGCGAGCUGGUGGUGCGCGAGCUGGAUCUGGCCUCGCUCCGCUCCGUCCGCGCCUUCUGCCACCGCGUCCUCCAGGAAGAGCCAAGGCUGGAUGUUCUGAUAAAUAAUGCAGGAAUAUUCCAGUGUCCGUACAUGAAGACAGAGGAUGGUUUUGAGAUGCAAUUUGGUGUAAACCACUUGGGUCACUUCUUGCUCACCAACCUUCUUCUGGGCCUCCUCAAAAAUUCUGCUCCAAGCAGGGUUGUUGUAGUAUCCUCAAAGCUUUACAAAUAUGGAGAGAUCAACUUUGAAGACCUGAACAGUGAAAUAAGUUACAAUAAAAGCUUUUGUUACAGUCGGAGUAAACUGGCUAACAUAUUAUUUGCAAGGGAACUAGCCCGUCGGUUAGAAGGGACAGGAGUCACCGUCAAUUCACUUCAUCCUGGAAUUGUCAGAACAAAUCUAGGCAGAUACGUGAAUAUUCCUUUGCUGGCUAAACCUCUAUUCAGCUUGGUGUCAUGGGCUUUCUUCAAAACACCUCUGGAAGGAGCCCAGACUACUAUUUAUUUAGCCUCUUCUCCUGAUGUUGAAGGUGUGUCAGGAAAAUACUUCGGGGACUGCAAAGAGGAAGAGCUCCUGCCCAAAGCCAUGGAUGACUUGAUUGCGAGAAAGUUGUGGGAUAUCAGUGAAGUGAUGGUUGGCUUAUUGAAAUAAGUGUCAGGGGAAUCUGCAAAACAGAAUGCAGAUAACUAUGCAAUGCAUAUUUGAAACACUCUAAUUCUCAGUUUAAAUGGUGUGGGAAUGCAAGUUACUUUGCUCAGUAAGUAUUAAACAAGGGAGUGAUUUAUGCUGGAACUCUGUUUUGAAAUAAAGGACAAUAAUUAUUAGACACAGGCAUUCAAAAAUGUCUGAAAUAAAUAGAGUUUUAGGGCGUGAAUAUAAUUUCUGAUUAAUCUGCUUGGAAACUCAUGUUUUACAAACAAAAAUUAAGCAAAACUGUUUUGCAAUGCA